AUGAAAAAUUUAACGGAAAGUAUGAAUAAAAGAUUAAAUGAAAAAGACCUUCAAUUGAUUGAAAAAGAGGAACAAAUUAAUUAUUUGCAAAACAGGAUAACAAACAAUCAAUUGGUGCCAUCGAUGGCAGACUCGACACGAGAGGAGUCAUCUGUGAGCGAAGAACACACUCUCGUGUCUUCAAAUUAUGCCAAUAAACCACAGCAACAGUUGUCUUCCAGUUGUAGAAAUGUGUUGCAGAGUGUCAUCAACUGUUUGCAAGCAAGACUUGAACACAAAGACGAAUCGAUUCGUCAGUACAGGAAUAUGUUGUCCGAAACGAAACAAAACUUCGAGAAUGAAAUGAUUCGUCUGAUUGAAGCCAACAGAGAAAAUGAUGAAAAGAAUUCAAUUAAUUUCACACAAAUGAUAGACAACGAAGAAUUGCAGAGCGCUCUCAAGAGUUGCAAUUCAAUUAAUUUCACACAAAUGAUAGACAACGAAGAAUUGCAGAGCGCUCUCAAGAGUUGCGUCAAUGAACUCGAAUCGUGCAAAACAGAAUUGAAUGCAAAAAUACAUCAAUUGGAAGAAGAAUUGGAACAAAAGAGUGCAAAACUAAUGGCAUUUCAAAGCGAGAACGAAGAGCUGAAGAAUAAACGAAUGAAUCCAAACACUCAACUCAAACAAACUAUUGAAGAAUUGCGAGAAGAGUGUCAGCAAAAAGAUGGUCUCAUAAAUACACUAAAGAAAAACAUUAAAGACGACAGAGCUAUGAGAGCCGCUUCUGCCGUCAGACGUCCUAAAGACGAGUCAAUCAAAAGAGAUAAGAAAGUGGACAACGAAUUGUUCCAAGAAAUUGCAGAUUUGAGGGCUUUGACAGAAACACAGAAACAAACGAUUAAACACUUGGAAGUUGUGAAAUGGGAUUACGAAAAGAAUUUAAAGGAACUGAAAGACCAGUUGAAACAAAAAGCAAAGGAAAAGGAGAAUGAAGUGACGGUUUUGAGAGAAAAAGUCGAUAAAAUCAAAGUUAGACUCAAUAAAAAUGAAAGCGAAAAACAUUUGUUGCAAAACAAAGUGACCCAAAGGGAGAAGACACAGAAGAAUAGACAACACAAAUGGACACAAACUUUGGGAGCAAACAGUGAACAAGAAUUACAUAAAUUGAAACAAGUAAUGAAAACGGAAAAAGAAAAUGAGACAAACAUUUUGAAAAAUGAAUUAGAAAUGAAUCGACAAAAAGUGUGUGAACUCAAGACAUUGCUGGAGGAAAGUGUGAAACGGGAGAAGUUGUCGACAAUCCAUGAGAAUAGCACUGAAUGCGAUCAACAAUACGACCAAAUAUUACAAGAAAACGCUAGAAUCAAAGUAGAGCUACGAAUGGCUGAGUUUGAACUAAAUAGACGCUCACAGUCUUAA